AAAAAAUCAAAACAAACAAAUUGAAAUUCGUUAAUUUUAUUAAAAGCAGCUAAAAUGAGUAAUAUAUACAUCCAAGAACCUCCAUCAAAUGGAAAAGUACUAUUAAAGACAACGGUCGGUGAGAUAGAAAUCGAAUUAUGGUCAAAGGAAGCUCCAAAAACCUGCAGAAAUUUUGUUCAACUAUGUCUCGAUGGAUUUUACAAUGGCACGAUCUUUCAUCGUCUAGUGAAGAGCUUCAUAGUUCAAGGAGGUGAAAAUUCUGAGAAUGCAGACUUGAUUGAGCCAAUAAGAAAUGAAUUUCACUCAAGAUUACGGUUUUCACGUCGUGGACUGUGUGGAAUGGCUACAAAUGAAGGAAGUGACAAUAAUAUGCAAUUCUUCUUCACACUGGAUCAAACGCCAGAACUACAAAAUACACAUACGAUAUUUGGUAAAGUUACAGGAGACACAAUUUACAACAUGAUUAAGCUUAAUGAUUCCCAAACUGAUCCUAACGAUCGAGUCAUUUAUCCUCAUAAGAUUAAUAAAGUAAAAAUAUUAAACAAUCCAUUUCCUGAUAUCAAACCUCGGCAUGACAAAACAUCCAGCGCAAAAGAUGAAGAAAGUAGCAAGAAGAAAUCCAAAAAAGAAGGCGUUAAAAAUUUUAAGCUUAUAUCUUUUGGCGAGGAAGCUGAACAAGAUGAAAUGGAAGUUGUGACUACAAAGUCAAAGAAAAUUGAGCAAUCAAGUUCAUCAAGCUGGAAAAAAGAUAAAUCUAAAGAUAAACAAGAAAAGGAUCUAAAAAGAUCCAGAACACCACCACUUCCAAAACGAAAUACACCGCCUAAGGAGCCUGAGAAAGUCGUUACGUAUGACGAGGAUUCAGAUAGUGAUUUUGAGGAAUCGAUGAAAAAACAGAAAAUGUCUGAGCUUGAGAAGAAACGAAAGGAGAUACAGGAUCAAAUUAAAGACCUAAAGAAGCAAUAUCACAGCGAUAGAAAGGACAAAACUAUUGAAAAGCAGGUAGAAGAGCCAAAACCUGAAAAUCCAGAAAAUAAUGCAAUUAAAAGCUAUUUAGAGGAGAAAGAAAAAUACAAGAGCUGUAAAGUCAAGUCUAAAGGAUCAUCAAGAGAGGCACAGACAAUGGCAUUGCUUGAAAAAUUCAAACAGAAGCUUCAUUCAGCCGAACCAACGAAAAAAAUUGACAAUGAAAAUUCAGAUGACGAAAAUUGGCUCGGACAUAAGUUGGAUUUCUCUGAAAGUCAAGAUGCUGUACUUGCUAGAGAUGCAUCGAAGAAAGCUGAUGAUUGGUAUGACAUCUAUGAUCCAAGAAAUCCUAUAAAUAAGAGGAAACGUGGUGAGAGUUCAAAGCAGCAAGACUCAAAUAAAAAAUCAAAAUAAAAGCACCUAUCAUGCUUCACGCGGAAGCUUAUUAAUUACUUUAACGGUUUUUUUAAAUUUUGAAAUUAUUUCAACUGUGACGC